AUGUCUCUAGUUCCAAGCCUAUUCGGAGGACGCCGAUCAAACGUUUUUGAUCCGUUCUCUCUAGACGCAUGGGAUCCAUUCGAAGGCUUCUUCACUCCUUCCGCGUUAGCAAACGCAACCGGCUCAACGGCUCGUGACAUUGCAGCGUUUACAAGCGCAAGAGUGGACUGGAAGGAGACCCCGGAGGCGCAUGUGUUCAAAGCCGACUUGCCGGGGCUGAAGAAAGAAGAGGUCAAGGUUGAGGUUGAAGACAAGAACAUACUUCAGAUCAGCGGGGAGAGGAGCAAGGAGAAUGAAGAGAAGAAUGACAAGUGGCACCGUGUGGAGAGGGCAAGUGGGAAGUUCAUGAGGAGGUUCAAGUUGCCGGACAAUGCGAAGAUGGAAGAAGUGAAGGCGACGAUGGAGAACGGUGUGCUUACUGUUAUGGUGCCGAAGGCGCCUGAGAAGAAGCCUGAAGUCAAGUCCAUUGAUAUCUCUGGCUAA